GCAAGAUGAUGAGCAUGAGCCAACUAGUACAACAAGGUUUAGUAGGCUCUGCAGAGAACAACAGUUGUAUUGCUGUCAGUCCCAGCCUCAAGCUACCAUCACAGCCAGCGCCCAAACCACGAGCAUCGAGUGCGCGACGCCAGGCGUCGCCAAAAAUGGCAACAAUCGUGUUCGGUGGAGAACCGACAAGCGGCACGAGCAAACACCGCAGCGCUUCCCCGAAAACGCCUCAGCAGCGCAGUGGGCCUGAUGCAGCAGCAGCGGUGGGCGCGAGUCCCAUGUACAGCUACAGCACGUUCUCGCCACCCGCAAAUCUGCAACAUUCAGCAGGACGAUUGGGAUUUCAGGCAUCGAGUGCGAGCAUGUCCGGCGUCAACCCGUACAAGAACGCUGCUGGAGGUGUACGAGUCGGUCGACGGCUACUCGAUCUCAACUCUCCCAACACCGGGACUGCUGCAGAUCGGCAUCGAUCUCCAAGUGGACACUUAUGCUUGGGUCAUGAUUACUUUUUACGGCAGUAAUCUUUCUCCGUUGAUGUGAAUGUGUAGAGAGCAGUAGUUCUAGUACCACGGUGCCUCGCUCCGUGGCCGAAUUCUUAUUUCUUCUUCGUGUGUCCUCGUUCAUAAAGCAACUUCAGCCACAGUAGGUACGCGGAAACCGAUAGGUCACCGAAAAACGGGGACAACUCGCCACCAGUUUUGUACUCAACUUCGCCGUCCGCCGUGGUCGAUUCGUAUCCGGCGAAGAUAAAA